UCUCCUCCCAUCUCUAAUCUCCUCUUAAAAUUCAUCAUCAUCUUCUUCCUCCAAACAACAUUUCAAAAAUGCCUUCACAAACCGUCGAUCAAACCCAAACCCAACCAUCCUCCGGGAGACUUUACCCAUCAGGAAACAUAACCCAUCCACCUGAACCCGAAAACAUUCCCUGCCCACGUUGCGAUUCAACCAACACUAAAUUCUGCUACUACAACAACUACAAUCUCUCUCAGCCCCGUCAUUUCUGCAAAUCUUGUCGCCGUUACUGGACCCGCGGCGGAACCCUUAGAAACGUUCCCGUCGGCGGAGGCACCCGGAAAAACCCACUCAAGCGAUCUCGUUCCUCUGCCUCCACCGCCGCCGCCGCCGCCUCAUCCUCUUCUUCUUCCUCUGUAGUAGUACCUGAAAACAAUAACUCUAUUAUACUCAUGCCGCCGGCGCCGAAAUCGGACGCUCCGGCGUCGUUUUACGCCGACAUGAAUAUGAACGGAAACUAUCAAUACGAUCCUGUUUCAUCCAUUCCUGGUACGUUUACUUCUUUGCUGGCGCCGAACGGAGAAUCUGGUGGAGGGUUAUUUGGGUAUGGAUUGGAUCAAUCAGGGUCUGGAGAAAUAAGGGAAAUGGAAUUUGGUCUGAGCAUUGGGGUUUGGCCGAUGGAAGAAAUACGCGGCACCGGCGACGGCGACGGCGGCGGUGGAGUUUCUGGUGCGGCGUGGGAUAUGGGUGGCGGCGGUGGAACAGAUUCGGAAUGCUUUGAUUGGCCGGAUCUGGCGAUAUCAACGCCGCCGGGGAAAUAUAUGAAGUAAAAGUUUUUUAUUUUGUUUUUAUUUUUAUUCCAAGAAUAAGCCAGACAGCUUUUCAUAGAAGAUUAAUUCAAACUGUUUGGUUAUGUUGGAAUAUAACAAAUAUAUUAUUAUUUUAUUAUUAUGUUAUUACUGUUUA